CAACAUGUCAGGUUGCUCGGUUAGCUAGCAAGCUAGCUUCCCUUAGCUAACCAAAUGAUGUGGCAAGUAGAAAAUCCCGGUUUGGUGUAUGCCAGCGACAAAACGACUGUGGCUUUAGCUAGAUUAAUCAACGAUGUUAGAAAUACUUAAUGCAUACCCGGAGACAGACGACAGGAAACGCCCACCUGCCAUGGCAGUUGGAGUCAGCGUCCUGAGUGACCUACCCAUGACUGGAGUCCGAGGUGGAGAGAUCAACACAGAUAUGGAGACAGCCAAUGCAAGGGUCCCCACGGCAAAAUACACCAAGAUGGGGGAGACCCUCAGGCAUGUCAUCCCUGGUCACAUGCAGUGCUCCAUGGCCUGUGGAGGGAAGGCCUGCAAAUAUGAAAAUCCCUCUCGAUGGAGUAACGAGGAGCAAGCAAUCAAAGGACUCUACUCAUCCUGGAUAACCGACAACUUGCUAGCUAUGGCAAGGCCUUCUACUGAAAUCGUAGAGAAAUAUAAUAUAAUUGAACAGUUUCAAAGGUGUGGUUUGAAGACGGUUAUUAACCUGCAGCGGCCUGGAGAACACGCCAGCUGUGGUAACCCACUUGAGCAGGAGAGUGGCUUCACCUAUCGACCAGAAACCUUCAUGGAGGCAGGCAUCUAUUACUACAAUUUUGGCUGGAAGGACUAUGGUGUUGCAUCUCUGACUACAAUCCUUGACAUGGUGAAAGUCAUGUCAUUUGCAGUCCAAGAAGGAAAAAUGGCCGUCCACUGCCAUGCGGGUCUUGGAAGAACAGGCGUGUUGUUGGCCUGUUACUUGGUCUUCACAUCCAGGAUGAGUGCUGACCAGGCAAUCCUUUUUAUACGAGCCAAGAGACCCAACUCCAUCCAGACCAGAGGCCAGCUGCUCUGUGUCAGGGAGUUUGCCCAAUUCCUUACUCCUCUUCGAAGUGUCUUCUCCUGUGCGGAGCCUAGAGCGAAUGCGGUCACCCUGUCUCAGUACCUCGCUCGACAGCGCCACCUGCUGCAUGGCUAUGAGGCUCGGCAGAUGAAGAAUGUCCCAAAAAUUGUACAGCUAGUGUGCAGGCUCCUCCUUGACAUUGCAGCCAACAGACAAGUGGUGAUUGAGCAGGAAUGGCCAGAGAUGCCCGACCUCACAGCAGAGGUGGAGAAGACCGUCUCCCAACAGGCCCUUCAGCAACUAGGGAAGGAGAUGCGAGGGAAGGGGAUUCCUGUUCCUCCUUGUUUAUCUAACCCACUAAUCUCCGCUGCUCUGCAAACCACAACCUCUCAUGAUCAGCCUGUGACCAGUGAUAAUGACCUGGACCCUCUGUGGAGGAAGCAGAACAUAAAAAGCCCUCAGAAAUGUCUCUUCAACAGUAGGAGACUCAGCUACAGUGACCCUGUCCUUCAUAAACAUACACCACAGCAGCACUAUUCAGGAAAUCUGGGGAACAUCAAUCCAUUUAACUACCUGAUGAAACAGUCCUUGUCUCACACCAGCCUUGCAGCCUCAAAACCCAACAGACUGUGUGACCUUUCUCUUGGAUCUCUCCAGGACCCAAAUAUAGAAGCACAGCAAGACACUUGGUCUCCCUUGUUAAAAAAACAGCCACAUAAAAUGAUUCAGAGUUUGUCUUUAGAUCUGUCAGAGCAAGGGAAAAAAUCCCACUAUGACGCCGCACUACCAGCCUUAACCAACAGCAGACGUGCAACUAGUGAUGAGCAGCCAGACGUGGUUGUGACAGUGGGUGGGUCAGAGAGAGGGAAUGUCACAGGUCCUUUCAUCACCCCCCAGGUUGAGCUCCCUCCAGAGAGCAGACGCAUGCUGGUGGCCAAAGUUCUGGCCACGGAUGUGACAGACAAAGAUCUGACCUCUAAGGUGUUACAGUGGCAGAUGGAGCUGAACUCCAGAGAGGGAGCAUGGGAGAGGUUGUGCAUGGAGAGAGACCCUCUGGUCCUCUCCAGUCUGAUGUGGUCGUGGCUGGAGCAGCUCAGGGAUCCAGUCAUAAGCAGUGAGGAUAUAAAAGCUCUGAGUGGGAAGGAUGUAAACCCACAGAAUGCCCUCGAUUCACUGGAGAAGGGUCACCGACUCACUCUGCUGUGUAUUCUCGAUUGUGCUGCUCAUCUCCUGCCAAUGCCUGAAGACAUGGAAACUUGUUUUCUCAACCGUACAAUAACAGUAUUUACUAAGCUUGACCCUGCUUCAGAGAAGAAUGAGUGUUUAUACACAACGCUGAAAGCAAUCCUGACUCCCAUUCUUCACGAGCUGCGUGACAAAGCUGUGGAACUGAAUGAAGACAUCUGAUCAAGCCUUAAUUAGUCUAACUAGAGAACGAAUGACUGAUUUUUCGGGCAUUAUUGAAUUUUUUUUAUAUCCAAUCUUUGCAUCAGAGUCUGCAGAGGUCUGCCAAUCUUUUGUCAUUCAGGAUUGAAAAUGUGUAGUAGGUUUAGGAUUGUGUUGUUGUUUGAAGCACUUAACGGAGUCAAGCACUGCCAAUCUGUGUUAAUGUGCCACUGUGCUCAGUUUGUCAUGUGUCCUACUGUAAUAUUUGUGUACAGUAUGUGUUAUUCUGUAGACAAUGACUGAGGAAUAUUCCAAUGAUGUCCAUGUUACUUAAAAAUGUCACCCGGCUUGUUACUCAGGUAGGUUAAACUAGCUUCUGUAGGUUAAACUAGCUUCUGAGCAAGUUCAACCUGCUUUGACGACAGGCUGUGAGGUUGCUUUGUUCUUGUAGAAUGUACUAAGCUGUAAGCUGUGGUUAUUGUUAUAGCACUGCAAACAACUGGCCACACUGCAUUUUCUCUCCCAAUCAAUUAUGUCCGUAAUACUGUGCACCGGGGAAAAAAAACUUUCACUGAAGUCUUCUGUUGUACAGGCAUAUGUCAAACAUCAAGCUGCCUCCACUGUUACAUGUUAGCAAAAUGUCUGCCUCAGCUAAACUGAUCUAUGCCUGGAUUCUGCUGCUGCUCUGUGUGUGUGUGUUACAUGUAUAUAUCUUUGUAAGGCCCAAAAAAAGUUAUAAACCACAGGAAGUGAGGACAGUUUCCUGGUCCUCAUGUUCUGUCACACCUUAAAUGGGCUUUUUUGGUUUUAGGGUUACAAUUAGGUUUCAGUUAAGGGUGAGUCAUUUAGUUGUGAUGGUUAAGUUUAAGGUAAAGGGCUUGCGAAGGUAUUACAUCUAUUAGUGAGUGUCCUCAGAAUGCUGUGUGUGUGUUUUGAGGGCUGCCUCUCAUCUCAUUCAUGACACUAAUGUAACUUCAGAUCUGCUGACACACACUGAAUAUGGAACAGUAAUGAUAAUAAUAACAUGAAGGGUGUGAAGUUACUGUGCAGAAUUUUCAACAAGCACCAUUUUUUCACAAUUACAGUGGCCUACUUCUUACACAAUUAAACACAACUGACUGCAAGCUGCGUGAGUCUGUGAACUAAAUCUAUCAAUAGUUCAUCUUGGAAAGAAGAACGUUCAGUGAGAGAAACAGGUGUUAUCCUCCAUUUAAUAAUUAAUUUCACUCACCCACCCUCAGGCGCCCCCUGGUGGUAGAAGCAAGUAAAACAAAGCUGUUGGGGAAUCAAAACAUGAAGAAAAAACACUUUCUAUACUUGCAAGAAUUAUUAUAUUGUUGCAAAUCAUUGUGUGUGAGUCUCUUUGCUAUGCAACACACAAACACAAUGCUCCAUACAGACCUUUGAACACUUUUCAAGAACUGCACUAGUACACCUUCAUAAUAAAAAAAUAAAUAAAUUAAAACCAA